ACGUAGGAGAAUCCACGGUGCCCACUGCCGUAGGCAAUAACGAGAUGCUCGAGUAUAUAUGGGACACUGGUAGCCAUCAACCGGCACACUCUCAGUCGCUCCGACUCGGGAACCAGGGCAUCAGCGGAGAUAGCAGACUUUACUUCUUAGGCUAACUCGCUUUGGGCUUUGGUUCAGGAUGGAAACCUCUUCGAUUUCUCGGAGCCGACGAUGCUCCAUCAUGCGCAACUGCAAAAGCGGUCUCUCCCUCUGGCUGGUGGUGUGGCUGGUCCUCGGCAAGCCAAGUCCGGCAUCGGCGUGCCCGCAUUCGUGCGUGUGCUACCCGACUCCCAUGACUGUGAGCUGCCAGGCGCAGAACUUCACCGCCGUCCCUGUCGGAGUGCCCUACGACUCGCAGCGCGUUUUUCUCCAGAACAACAGGAUCACGGAGCUUAGAGUUGGCUCUUUUGGCUUCGGGACUCAGGUUCUGUGGCUGUUCUCCAACAACAUCACGUGGAUUGAGGCUGGGGCCUUCAGUGAGCUGAGGGACUUGGAGGAGUUGGACCUGGGAGACAAUCCCAACCUCCACAGGCUGGAGGGGGGAGCCUUCCGUGGCCUAGAGAAGCUCCAGAGCCUCCACAUGCACCGCUGCCGGCUCACUGCCCUGCCCCAUGACAUCUUCCACAAGCUGUACAGCCUGCAAUUUCUCUACUUACAGGAGAAUAAUCUUCACUUCCUGCAGGACGACAUCUUUUCUGACCUCAUCAACCUGAGCCAGCUUUUCCUGCAUGGCAACCGUAUCCGCACUCUCUCAGAGAAUGUGUUCCGCGGUCUGGUCAACCUCGACCGCCUUCUCCUCCACGACAACCGCAUCAGACAGGUGAACCGACGGGCCUUCCGUGACCUUGGUCGCCUCACCAUGCUUUUCCUCUUCAACAACUCCCUGGCUGAGCUGCCCAGUCAGACCCUGAGGGACACGCAGGGCAUUGAGUUUCUCCGCCUCAAUGCCAACCCGUGGUCCUGCGGUUGUGAGUCCCGCGCCCUGUGGGAAUGGUUCCGUGAGGCCCGCGUCUCAUCAUCCGAGGUGAUCUGUGCUUCCCCUUCCACCCGCCGUGGCCAGGACCUCCGCUUCCUCCGUGAGAUGGACUUCGCCCUCUGCCCCCUGCCCGACCCUGGCUCCAUCGCCGGCUCCACCACCACCACCUUCAGCACCAAAACCCGCUGGUGGUUCCACAAGAAUAAGCCUCAGUCGUCUACGAAAGGUGUCUUUGAGAAGGCUUCAGAGACUGUCAAGGCAGGUUUGUACGGAAAAGGCCCAUCCACGACCACCUCAGUAGUCAAGUACGAGUUAGGGGAGGAAGAGCUGGCUCUGCCCAAACUCGACCCAGAAGAGUACUGGGCAAACUACGGCAACGAGGACUCAGGUGUCACCGUGAGAUGCUUUGAGCUUGAAUGUCCGCCUGAGUUCGACCUGCCUCCAGGCUCAUCCUCCCCCUCAUCCUCCACACCCUCUUUCCUCUCACUACUAGCCCUUUCUGUUUUCAGCCUCUGCCUCAACCUCCACCUGCUAUUCGGCUGAAUCUGACUCUUAGCACCACACCCCUCCCUUACACCUUCCAGCCUGUUUUAUAGGCUGUGAGGAUCCCUGUUAGACUCUCUACACCCUCUUUGCCCGCUUUGCUGUAAGCCAAUCCUCAAGGCACAGCAAGGGAGAUAGGGGGAUGGUAAGAUUCUGAAUCUACCAAAUACAGGGCUUAACACUUUUCAGGGCUGCUAAGAGUUCUUCAGCUAAAGUCAUAUACAUCUACAAUACUCUACAGGUAUGGCUUUCUGUGUCGCACCUGUAUGAUGUCACAAUUCCCUGCAAUCAGGGCUACGAGGGCUAAGUCCAUCGCUAAUAAUCAGCGCAAUUUCAUAGCAGUUGUGAAUGAUGUUGUCAAUUUUGUCAUCUCAACUUAGUUUAAACUACUAGUGCUAUUAGUGCAUCCAAUUAACUGGCUGCUACAAAUACUAUGAUUACUGUUAGAAUCAGUGCACAGUAAUGACAAUACUGUAACCACUUAAAGUGUCAUGUAUAUAGGUAUGUAUUUUCUGUGAGUGUUUAAACUGAUAUCUGUGGUUCAGCACAAUCACGUUCAUCUUCAUCCAGGGAAUACUUUGAAGGCUAGUGCUUCUACAGGACAGAGCACGAUGCGCAGUGAGUUCACUGUGAGAGAGAGAGCGAGUGAAAGAGAGAGAGGAGAGACGAAUAUAUACCGUGAAGCUGUGAGGAAGGGAAAAGAAAAGAAAGAGAGAGAGAGGAACGCAGGAACGGCGACCGAGAAGGAAGGGUGAAAGAGAAAGUGUCAGGGACGGGAGGGGAGGGGGAGAUCGCAGGAUAGGAAGAGGAAGAGAGGAGAAGAGAAGGAAAGAGGGAGGAGGGACAGUGUUCAUGCAGCAAUAAGAAAAGGAGCGGCGACAAUACAGCGAGAUGGUGCUGGCGGUAGAAGCAGCAACAUGGCGGAGAAAAGUAAUAAAUCCACUCAUCAGUAGUUGUUCCAUCCAUCAUUCUCUGUAAAUAUGGUGUCGUUUACGACAACAACAGGGAAAGAAUGCUUCCUGUCAGGAAGCCAGAGAUUUUAGUUUUUGGAUGUCUUUCUGUGACAUAUUGAUAUAAUGUGUAAAGAUUGUUGACUUGGAUGCAGAUGAAGAUCUUGAUAUAAAAUGAUACACACUGAAUAUUUCCUGAAUCAUGCUGUUUAUUAUGCUUUUAUUUGGGGGCAACAUUUGCAGAAUUUCCUAAAAAAAAAAAAAAAGCACUCAGGGUCA